UAAUUUAAUUAUAUUAAAUUCUUUUAAAGUGUAAAAUUUUGGAUUCGUGUGAAAUUUUUUGUGCAUUGUGCGGUGGAUUUUUGUGCGAUUGAUUGGAAAAUAAUAUUGGUCAUCAUUGUUUUGUAUUCCCUGAGGUUGAUUAAAUAUCAAUAACUAAAAUGUCAAAUACACAAAAUGACUUGUCAAUAACCGAUUGGUACAGAGGUCGAAGUUUAUUGGUAACUGGUGGCACUGGAUUUAUGGGAAAAAUCUUAUUGGAAAAGGUCAUACGUGUAUUACCGAUUAAAAAAUUAUAUGUUAUUAUCCGAGAAAAACGUGGUGUUCAACCACAAGAUCGUAUCAAAAAUAUACUUAAACUACCGAUCUUUGAUAAAAUUCGAGAAAGUGAACCAGCAGUAUUAGAUAAAAUUGUUGCAUUAGAUGGUGAUGUUACAGCACCAAAUCUAGGUUUAAACACAAAAACAAUACAGGAAUUAAAAGAUAAUGUAAGUGUGGUAUUCCAUAAUGCGGCAUCAUUAAAAUUAGAAGCCGAUUUGAAGCAUGCAAUUGCAUUCAAUUUGAAAGGUACCAAAAAUGUUAUGGAAUUUUGUUUACAAUUACCAAAUGUUGUGUCUGUGUUACAUUUAUCGACAGCCUUUUGUCAUGUUGACGUUGAUGUUCUUGAAGAAAAAAUAUAUCCAUCAUCAGAAAAACCUGACGAUAUUAUUCAUUUAGUGGAUACCUUAGAUAUAAAAUCAUUGGAUAUGUUGCAACCAAGCCUAAUCAGUCCACAUCCGAAUUGCUACACAUUCUCAAAACGUUUAGCAGAAACAGUAAUCGAAGAAUAUAGUACAAAGUUACCAUUAACCAUAGUGAGACCUUCAAUUGUAAUCCCCGCUUUAUAUGAACCAAUACCGGGUUGGGUUGAUUCAUUAAAUGGACCAAUUGGAUUAUUAGUUGCCGGUGGUAAAGGAGUAAUUCGCACAAUGAUGGUUGAUCCACAUAAUCUGGCAAAUGUAAUUCCAGUUGACAUUUGUAUAAAUGGAAUGAUAAUUGCAGCAUAUGAAAGAAGUUUUAAACAGAAGUAUGGUGUUGUAGAUGUAUACAAUGCAACAACAUCUCAUGAUAUUAUCAAUUAUACAUGGAGGGAUGUUUUGGAGAAAGGUAAAAAAGUAUUUUAUAAAUAUCCAUUUGAUUGGCCAGUGAUUUGGUAUCCAGAUGGAGAUAUGCACACAAAUAAAUAUGUUCACUACUUUUUGGCAUUUAUGCUCCAUACAAUUCCUGCAUAUUUUAUUGAUUUUCUUAUGUUCAUCUUCUUCCAGCCAAGAUUCAUGGUAUACAUUCACAAUCGAAUUUCCCUAGGACUUGAACUAUUACAGUAUUUUACAAUGAGAGAUUGGCGAUUUAAAAAUCAAAGAUUUGUGGAAUUGCCGAAACGGUUAAAUAAAGAAGAAGAAUAUACUUUAUGUAUAUUGAGCCGCGAAUAUAACGUUGAUGAUUAUUUAUUGUCGGCAAUAUUGGGAGCACGGCAAUAUUGUGUGAAAGAUGAUUUAUCAACUUUACCACGAGCACGAAGAAUAUUGAAAUUCUUAUACGUGUUACAUAUAACAACAAAAACUUUAUUCUACUAUUUUAUAUGUAACUUAGUUUUAAGUUUAUUCAACUUAAACUUUUUGCUCAGUCCAAGUUAUUGGAGCAAUUUAAUUGGUAAUACUGCAUUACAAGGUGUAAAAUUAAAUUGAGAAAUUUAAAAAUUAAAUAUUUUCAAUAAUUUUGUA